GGGCGGUAUCUUUACUUGUCAGCCUCGUACCUUCGGACAAGAGAAUCUACCUACCUAGAAACAAUUUUACAUUUCAUUCAACUUUCAUACCAUUUCAUACCACCGGAUAGAUAAAACGCACGCCUCGCAAAUUUCGUCAAUUGAUUAAAUUUUACUCUUUAUUUCUAACCCUAUAGACGAAAACCCCCCGAUUCAAAAGAUAAUCUUCAGAUUCAAAUACACCAUCAUCCACAUUAACUUUAACAUGCGAUACGCUGGCUCUUUAUAAAUACCAAAGCUGCGUAUUCCAAUAACAUGGCGCCGUCAGCGAUCGACCUUCCAGCACUUCCUGUGCGACAGGAAAAGACUUAUCCCCCGGCUCGAAUUUACAAUGUAAAGGAAACCAAGUUCGAGAAGCCUACUUCUCCCCAACCAGAUGGUCGCGAGCAGGCUCUAGCGAAACCUCCUGGCAGCGUCGCCAUCGUUAUCGACAAUGGCUCAUCCGCCGUUAGAGCUGGGUGGUCAUUCGAAUCGAACCCGAGAUUCAGUAUCCCACCUAUCAUGGCCAAAUACAGAGACAGAAAGCUAGGCAAGACCUAUUCGUUCGCUGGCUACGAUUGUUACUCCGACACAACAGCCCGAGGGCAUAUCAGAAACGCCUUUGAAGCUGGAACCGGAAUCGUCAGCAACUGGGACGUAGAAGAACACGUACUCGACUGGACCUUUCUAAAGCUAGGCAUGAACAACGCCGAUGGAGCUAUCGACGUACCCAUUGUCAUGACUGAGGCAGUAGCAAACUUGCCCUAUUCCCGAAAAUCUAUGAACGAAAUCAUAUUUGAGUGUUACCAGGCCCCUUCACUGGCCACGGGCAUCGACUCUCUCUUUUCCUAUCGCUACAAUAAAGGACGGACGGGAUUAGUUGUCUCUUCCUCUUAUAGUUCUACACAUGUCAUUCCCGUUUUCGACUCGAAGGCCAUGCUAGCUCAGGCUAUACGACUCAAUUGGGGAGGAUGGCACGCCGCGGAAUACUUACUCAAACUCAUUCGUCUGAAAUACCCGUCAUUCCCAGGGAAGCUCAACGCAUCACAGGCUGAGCAUAUGAUAAGGGAUCACUGUUAUAUAUCGAAAUCAUAUGACGAAGAACUACGGUCGUACCUAGAUUGGACAGGAUUAGAAGACCGAGAUAUUGUGAUCCAGUACCCGUUUACAGAAGAGGUGAUAGUCCAGAAGAGCGAGGAAGAGCUCGCUCGGAUAGCUGAGCGAAAGAAAGAAAGCGGGCGACGGUUGCAGGAACAAGCAGCUAAAAUGCGCCUGGAGAAACUAAUGCGGAAAGAGGAGGAACUGGAUUACUACAAGAAAUUACAGGAGAAGAUUAAUAAUUCAAAUAAGAAGGACGCAAAACGCCUUCUUGAUGCAGAAGAUAUGAAAGAUGAGCAACAACUUGAGCGCACUAUCAAGGAAUUAGACAAGUCGAUCAAGCGCGCCCGGACGAAGGAUGUGGGUGGCGAUCCUGAGGAAGAGCAGGAAGCACCCGAUUUCAGCCUUCUCGAAGUACCCGAUGACCAGCUUGACGAAGCUGGUCUGAAGGCGAAACGGCACCAACGUCUUCUGAAAUCUAAUCACGAAGCACGGGCGCGUGCGAAAGCCGAGAAGGAAGCCGAAAAAGCGCGCGUUGCGGAGGAAGAACGGGCAGACAGAGAACGCCGCGAGAACGAUCUAGAGGGAUGGCUAGAAGAGAAACGCGUGGCCCGAAACCUUACGUUACAGAAGAUGAAGGAACGGGAUCGCCUAAAGGCUGACCUAGGAAACCGCAAAUCCUUGGCUUCUCAAAUCCGUAUGAAGUCAAUCGCAAAUCUAGCCUCAGAUAAUCCUCGAGGGAAGCGCCGACGCGGUAACGACGACGAUAACUUCGGCGCGAACGACGACGACUGGGGCGUAUACAGGCAAAUUCAAGUGGGCGAAGGCGGUAGUGAUGACGAAGAGGGUGAAGAGGAUCUUGAAGGAACUCUUAAAACACUAGAAGAAGACUUGCUUCGCUACGAUGAGGGAUUCACGCAUGAACACACGUGGGAAGCACAGAAUGAUUGGAAUAAGAGUCUUCUACAUGCAUUUAUGCGCGGACCACGACCCUUCAAUCCUUCCUCCCAGGCAGAAAUCCACCAGAUACAUCUCAACGUCGAGCGUAUACGAGUACCGGAGGUCGUCUUCCAACCCUCCAUCGCUGGGGUUGACCAGGCGGGGCUUGUCGAGAUCGCAGGCGACAUACUUACCCAGCGACUCGGGGGUAUACCGGGUCUAAACCGAAACGACUUCCUAAAUGACAUCUUCUUAACUGGUGGUAACACGCUCUUCGAGGGCUUCGACGACCGUCUCCGCCAGGGCUUAACCCCGUUGCUCCCCGUAGACUCGCCGCUUAAGAUUCGUCGCGCCGGCGACGCAAUACUUGACGCUUGGAGGGGUGCGGCUCAAUGGGUGGGAACACCCAGUUGGAAAUCAUCUUUAGUGACGAAGGCAGAGUAUCAGGAGAAGGGGCAUGAUUACAUAAAGGAGCACGAUAUGGGAAACUCUUACUCUUGAGAGCUUAGUCGCCGUUACACAAGCACGGCGUUCUUUACUGCAAUCGACCUAGACGCGCUCGAGGUAACCCUCCCCUCCCCUAUUAGUUUCGGAGCGUGUGCAACACACAACACACGACGCGGCACGUGGGUAUAUCACGGCAGUAACGAAUUGCUUACUCACUUUAUCUACAUUCGCCCCCUUUUCUGCAAUGCCACGGGAGAUACGUAGGUACUUGGAUGAAGCGAGAGGCAUGUAUGGACCUAUGUAUGUAUAAUAUUAUCAGACUCAAUAACAGGCGGCGAUACUAGGUUAGUCAGUUAUUCCUACCUAGUUAGGUGUCACAACUAGGACCGGGAAGACGGAGAGGAUAAGGAUGAUGAUGGGCAGAUGCGUAAUCACUUGUGGUCUUGGCACUUCACAACAUUAGCUACAGGUAUCUAUGCCAUAUUACCAUAUUACCAUAUGCCCUCUUCCUUCGGGCUUGCACUUGCGCCCUGUACCACGCGAGCGGGCAAGGAUGGAUACCCUCAGUACCUACCUAUCUUAUCUUACCUUACCUAUUAUACAAAACAAACAGACACAACAGAUACAUACUACGUUAGCAGGCACGUCCUUUGAUGACGACGACGACAACGGUGGACAGGGUAGGAUAAAGUAGGGUAAUAAUAUGUUAAGCAUACACACAUAGGUAGCUAUGGUACGGUACAUAAGCGCAAUGCCAAAGAAAUGUAAAAUAAAAUAAAA